GCCAUCGAUAGAGCAAAGCAGAGCAGGCACAGCUAAACAGCGGCGGCAAAAGCAGUAAAUUUUGCAAAUAAAAAAAUUAUAAUUUUUAAAACAGUGCAUAAAAAGUCAAAUGAGUACUGGCGGCACCGGAGGCGGUGUUGGAGGCGGUGCACGCCCACCACCCAGAAUCGAUGGCAUGGUUUCGCUAAAGGUCGACAAUCUCACAUAUCGCACCACACCCGAGGAUUUGCGUCGUGUCUUCGAGCGCUGUGGCGAAGUAGGCGACAUUUACAUACCACGCGAUCGCUACACACGUGAAAGUCGAGGAUUUGCCUUUGUGCGGUUCUAUGAUAAGCGCGACGCUGAGGAUGCACUGGAGGCCAUGGAUGGACGUAUGUUGGAUGGAAGGGAGCUGCGCGUUCAAAUGGCACGCUAUGGCCGUCCUUCGUCGCCUACGCGCCGCAACAGCAGUAGUAGUCGUCGUGGCGCUGGCCUAGGCGCCGGCGCUGGCGGCGGUGCUGGGGGACGUCGUCGCUCGCGUUCACGUUCGCCGAUGCGUCGUCGUUCGCGCAGUCCGCGACGUCGUUCCUCGUAUUCGCCGCGUUCACGCUCGCGUUCGGCGGGCAGCCGUUCGCCCGGUCGUCGCAGCAAAUUCUCACGUAGUCCCGUACGCGGCGAUAGUCGCAAUGGCAUCAGCAGCGCCGGCUUAGCCAGCGGCUCACGCAGUCGCAGUCGUUCCUAAGUGCCGGCUCGCUUCAGACGUUCCAUACUUUUAUGUACGAUAAAGCCUUAAUUGAAUCGUAGACAACGGUGUAUCCAGCGAACUGCUUAACUGGGCUACUGUAACAACUUCUCAUGCUGUGUACCAGAACAGCAGGUAUACAAAAACAAAAAUGAAAACAGUUAUACACACAUAUACAGAAUAUUUAUAGUACACUAUUUUAAGUUGAAGAAAACAAACAAGAAAUCAACAAAAGAGAGCAAACUAAAAAGAUUACAUAAAACAGAGCAUAGUCCAGCCCCCACUAAGGUUUUGAGAUCUAGUUUUUACUUUGGUUUCAGUUAUUUUGGUUUGUUGUUCUUUUCCUUUUUUUUAAUAUAAUUUAAUUGUCUGCUCAAAAGGGUCAGCAGCUAAUAGUGCUUGCUAGGGCAUCUAGGGAUGUAUGUAGCUUUUAACUUGGGCGCCAUUACCGAUGAUUUCUGUAGCACACACUACAAAAUAAACUAAAAAAAAAACAAAAAACAAAAAAAAAACGAAAUUAAAUAACAUGUAUAUCAAUAACAACUAAUGCGGGAAACAACACAGUCAACUAGCUGAUAUUGAUUAUUGUCCGUUACAUUUUUGAAGUUACCUUUUGUGUUGCUCGUUUCUUUUCGUUUCUAACUGUAACCCAAUUACGAUUACGAUAAACAAAAAUUUAUUAACAAGCUUUCCAACCAUUUUACACAUUUAUAUAUACGCAGGCAAGUGUGCGCGGCGUUUGUUGCAGACGUUGCUGUUAAUGUAUAUGUUAUGUUAUGGCUGGCUGGCGGGCGAGUCGUGCGUGGGCAAGGGAGAGAGUCGGUCAGUCGGUGAGCGAGAGAGGUAAAGCGAAAGAGAGCGCGGAAGCAAAGCAGCGUGUGUUUAUUUCUUUUUAUAUACAUUAUAAACUGAGCAGCAGACACACAACGAGAGCGGA